AUGAAUUCAGAUACCAACACUAAUAAUAAUAUGAGUAAUGUGAGUCCUGCUAAUAACAACAAUUACAAUAUAAAUAUUAGUGAGAAUAAUAAAUUAACAUCAUUGUAUGAUCAUGAAUUAGGCAGUAUUCUACAUAAUGAUAGUAUAUUUGAGACAAAUGAUGCACUUUUAAACAAUGAACAUAACGAUGUCCCAAUUUCUAAAACACAAGUGAUUAACAGUGCUACGGAAACCAACAACAACAACAACAACAACAAUAAUAAUAAUAAUAAUAAUAAUAAUAAUAAUUCUACCACAGCUGGUGUAUAUAACCAACAAGACACUAUUAACUUAGUAGAUAUAUCGAACUCAGCAAAUAAUGAGUCUUCUAAAGUAAAUGGUGAUAGUAACAAUAUUUCACAGUCUAUGAAUCAGAAAAAUAAUAUUAGUCGCUCUAAUUCUAAUAGUGUAAUUACAGAUAAUGCAUCAUCAGGAACUAUAGAAGAUAUUAUUAAUCCUGCCUUUAUGAAACCAACGGUUCUGAACAACAAUAAUAGCAAUAAUAGAAGAGGUACAUUAAUGUUAGCAAGAGAUGCUAAGGCAGAUAUAAGAAAUAUUAUGCGUAUGGGCUCCCCAUUAGGCAUAUUUAAUAAUGAACAUAUAUCAUCCAAUGAUUUAAAUGAUUUUUAUGACAAUAAGAGACGAUCCAAUAAUAGCAAUCUUAAUGCAAAUGAUAAUACUAAUGCUAGUACAGGUCGCAUUAAUAGAAAUACAGCUCCAUUAUAUUCUGCAGAUAUUAUAAAAAAUUCAAUUAUCUCUUCAAAUAACAAUUUUAGUAAUACAACUAAUACUACUUCUAAUAAUAAGAAUUUUAUUAAUAUAAGCAGUAAUCAUAUUCCUCAAAAUUCUCCAACUCAUCGAAGACAUAAUCAACAUAAAACACGACCUGCAUUCAUUAAUAAAUUAUGGAAUAUGGUAAAUGACGAUAAUAAUAAUGACUUAAUUCAAUGGGCAGAUGAUGGAAAAUCUUUUAUUGUUAAAAAUAGAGAAGUUUUUGUCCAUGAAAUUUUACCAAGGUAUUUCAAGCAUUCAAAUUUCGCCUCCUUUGUAAGACAAUUGAACAUGUACGGUUGGCAUAAAGUCCAAGAUAUAAGGUCUGGUUCCAUUCAAGGUAGCUCAGAUGAUAAAUGGCAAUUUGCUAAUGAAAAUUUUAUUAGAGGUAGAGAAGAUCUUUUAGUUCAUAUUGUUAGACAACGUGGUUCCCCACACAAUCAUAAUCAUACUCAAACUCAAUAUAAUAAUAACACAAUGAACAACAAUGUUAAUAACAGUAGUAAUCAUAAUAGUUUUGUAGAUGGAAAUCUUAACAGUAUUCAAGUCAAUGGCAAUGCAUGUCCCAACUAUAAUAUUAAUCAAAAAUUAUUACAGACCAUCCAAAAUGAUCAAAAUAAUAGUAAUAGUAGUGAUUUGUUGAGAGGAAAUAGUUUCCAAUUACCAAAUAAUCUAAAUUCUCACACUACCUUGCAUAUUACUAAUGGACCAGAUUCUAUUCCAUUACAAAAUAGUAUUAGUACUGUGUUGAAUGAAUUAGAACAGAUCAAAUACAAUCAAAUUGCUAUAUCUAAAGACUUACUAAGAAUUAAUAAAGAUAACGAACUCUUAUGGAAGGAAAAUAUGAUUGCCAGAGAAAGGUAUAGAUCACAACAACAAAUAUUGGAAAAAAUCUUUAGAUUCAUGGCUGCUAUGAUGCCUCUUUUAGAUCAAAAAAAGAUUAUGGAUGGGUUAACGGAUAAGGAUAAGGCACCAAAUAAUGUCACCACCACCACCAACAACAAUAGUAAUAAUGGAAGGAACAUAAAUCCAAAUGAUGUUAAUAACAAUGUUAAUAACACUAAUCGUAACAAUACUUCUAAUGUCAAUAACACAUUUAAUGAAUUUAGAAGUAGUAAUCUGAAUAUCAGCGACCCUACAAAUUCAGUUGUUAACGGAAUAGUCAAUUAUGGUCGCAACAGUGAACCGAGUCCUCAAAUAAUUACCCCAUCAGAGAGUGGAAGCAGAUAUAAUGCAGUUUAUCUUGAAAGUUUAGAAAAUAUUGACAAUUCUCCAUCUGAGCCAAUAUCACCAAACCGUAAUAUUAUUAAUCGUAAACAAAAUGACAAUAAUGGUAAAAGAAAUGAUCGUCUGUUAUUGAAAAAGAAAGUUACCUAUUCAAACAGUAAUGAUAUUAAUAGUAAUGAGAAUUUUACUCUAAUGGGACAACAGUAUAACACAAUAUAUUCAAAUACAAUGCCAAACAUUUAUAGCAAUAAUGAUAUUAACCACAGCAGUAACAGAAUUUCUGAAAUACCAGUUGAGGAUGGAGGCGCAGACAGUAAUAUUCCAAUAAUACAAGAAAUAAAUUCAAAUACAACAAGUCCGCAAACAGAAACAAGAAAUGAAAAUACGGCUAAUAUCAGUGUGGUAAAUGGAAAAAACACUGGUGGCAAUAACAAUGCAAUUUUCGCUCGUUUACAAGAUAAUAUAGAAGAGCAAGACAAUAGAAUUCGUCAUUUAGAAGAUAUGGUGACUCACUUGACUCCUAAACUGAUGAGUCCAAUGCCUAUGCUAGAUUCGCAUGAUCUUCAAUAUAAUCCAGUAAGUAAUUCUCAGAAUAUAUCAAAUACAAGCAAUUUUAGAAAUUCAGUUAGGUCGCCACAAGAUUACUAUGUUUCAGAAAAUAAUGAUCCGAUAACUGCAAACUUUAACCAAAACAAUACUAGUAGCAAUAAAGCGGAUUCAUUCGAUCUUCAAGACUACUUAACACACGAAAGUCCAUCACAUCAAGAAACAACCGAAGACACAGAUUUCUUACCCCUACAACCACCCACGUUAAGUGGAAUGUCACCACUAAUGAUGGAAGAUUCACCAUUUUUAUUAAAUGGAGAAGAUUCUACUCAUAUUAAUCCUGUAUUUGAAGUGGAUCAGAAGAUCCCACAGCCUCCGCAAAUAGAGGAAUUAUCAACUACCAAAAUACCACAUACUAAAAGAACACAUGCUACUUCUUCAGCCUCGAAUUCAGGUAAGUUGAAAAAGCAAAAACAUUGA